GUGGCGAUCCCACGAGAUCUACACAUAUACCUGCUGUCCUGGCUACGGAGGAUCAAACUGCCGUCCUCUUUGUACCGGAAAUUGUCAUGGACGAGGUACCUGUAUAGGACCAGACACCUGCAGCUGUAGAUGGGGGUAUACCGGAAAUGCCUGCCAAAAAGUUUUAGAGUCCAGCCCACUUAUUCUACAAUGUACGUCCAUUCUCGCAUAUUUUGAAGAAUCUGAACAGAGGAGGGAAUUAUACAGAUCUGAAAUAGAUUCUUCUGAACCUAACUCUACGACGGUAGAUACAAUGUGGCUAAACCAAAAGGAUUACAACUAUAUCAACGUUACAUUUGCCGCUGUCUUCACAUCAGCAGACAACCUAAACAUUUCAAGAAAUGAAAAACAGUUUAAAAAGGGAAUCAUAUCUGGAGGCGUUAAUAUUAUUCAUCACAAAAUGAGCAGACCAGGUGAAGAAAAGACGCCCUUUGUGAGUGGAAAUGAAACCCACCUCUGUGAGAGUCAGCCCAGUUCUCUCUAUCCCAGCGUGGAUUUAUUUCAAUGUAACUACACGGAUGACAAGUUUGACAUGCAGCUGGAACACGGAGACAAUUUAACUCUGACAGCUUUUACUAAAAUCUGGAGUAUUUUUGAAAAAGACUUAUUUAUCGACGAGAUGUCUACAAAAUCUACAAUGUUUCGCUUCGAUUUGGUAAAGCCACAUCACUGUCUCCUAGACGGACCAUGUGAGGCGAAAGCACUGGAUGUUGUGGAAGAUGUCACUAAGUCUCCAAUAGAAUUGGAAUGGAACAAGUGGGUGGAUAAGCUUUCUGGAAUCCAAGAUUACAAAGUACAAGUUUAUUUGCUGCAGCUGAACACAACAAACUUGGCGGAACCAAAUCCGCGGCACCCAGACGAGGAAAUAUCCCUUUCGGCACUAGAAACAAGAUAUACUUACACUCCUAGGAGAUCGGGGAUGUAUUCCUUUAUACUCAAUGUAAUAGACAGAGCCAACAAUGUACAAUACGCACGUACCUUGGUGUUAUAUGACCCUACUUCAAAUAUCACUCUCUCUAAAUUGCCAUUUAUGGCAAGAAGCGCAGAAGCUGAAACUAACUUUCAAUGGCAAAAUAACCUCGACAAGGAUAUUAUCAUGUCAUGGAAAGGACAUUUUCAGAACAAAUUCCAUGAAGAUAAUAAACUUUUAAAUCCAGUAGCACAGUACAAAAACUUCAAUAAUGAUGCAAACAUUGAAAAACAAGUUCCAAACCAACUUGAUGAUAACUCGGGGAAAAGGACACUGAAAGAAAUCCGGAAUGUUCAUGGUAUAGUUAAAUUUGAAUAUUUCUACAGACACGGAAAUCAAGGGGAGAGAACCCCACAAUUCUGGUAUAAGGUGAAUGAUACAUUUUCAGAAACUCAGGCUUUUAAUAUUGAGAGAAAAGAUGGCGAUACCAUUAACUUUUGGGUCAAGGCGACUGACAUCAUGGGGAAUACGAAAGUUGACUUGACGAAGAUUUCCUUUGAUUCCAGUCCGCCAGAAAGUUUAAACCCUUCAGGCGUCAUAUUUACGAGGAACGUUAAAAAUGCCACUUACCCUUUCUAA